AUGUCAGAUGCAAUAAACAGUCUAAGUUCUAAUAGAGGGCCCCAUGACGAGAGUCAAAGGAGUAAAGAGAAUGGCGUAGAAAAAGAAAAGGUAGCAGCCUAUGAUUCAGCAAGUCUUAUCCAGACUUUAGAAGAGGAGCUAUAUGAAACAUCUGACUUCGGGAAAGCAUAUUUAGCUAAGUCUAAACUUGUUGCUGAGGCAAUUGAUGACAUUGGCUUUGGAAGGUAUCAACUGUGCUUGCUUUGCGUUGCAGGAAUGGGUUGGUUUUCUGAUAAUGCAUGGCCAAUUGCCACCAGUUUAAUAUUACCAUUGUUGGAUGAGCUGGAUGGUGUACAUCUGCCAACAAAUAGAGCACCUUAUUUAACAUUAGCCCAAAAUUUGGGUUUGCUAGCAGGUGCUUUAUUUUGGUCUUUAACAUCUGAUGUCAUUGGACGUCGGUGGGCAUUUAAUAUAACGUUUUUCAUAACAGGUUUAUUUGCUACUUCUUCAGGUGCUUCACCUAAUUUCGCAGCAGUAGCUGUGUUCGAUGCCUUGUGGAGCUUUGGUGUCGGUGGUAAUUUACCAGUUGACUCUGCCAUAUUUUUGGAGGCCCUACCUACUUCUUAUCAAUGGUUAUUAACGGUAAUGUCAAUUUUCUGGGCAUUUGGACAGUUGAUUGCAAAUUUGAUAGGUUGGGGCUUGUUAGGAAAUUUUUCUUGCGAUAAGACCAAGGAUAUCUGUCUAAAGGCUGAUAAUCAGGGUUGGAGAUAUUUCUUGUACACUUUUGGAGGCUUAUCCCUAUUAAUGUUUACUGCAAGAUUCUUAUUUAGGCUCUCCGAGUCUCCUCGGUUUUAUUUAGCGAGAGGAGACGAUGCACGGGCGAUUGAAGUGCUUCAUCGUAUUGCUAAAUUCAAUAAAACGGAGUGCUCUCUAACUCUUGAGGAUCUAGAAUAUAUUGAUGGCUUGCAAUUGGAUGGCCCUAAGGAAGAGAAACCAACGCACUCUCUGUUGUUGAAAGCGAAGAUUUCGUCUUUUAAGAUGACUCAUAUACGUGAAUGUUUCGGUUCUAAGAAACUUGCAAUUUCGUCGUCGAUGGUGAUAUUUACAUGGGCACUAAUUGGUCUUGCUUUUCCGUUAUAUAAUGCUUUCAUUCCUUAUUAUCUUGGAACCCGGGGAGGUGCUGCGAAGACAUUGUCCACGUAUGAGACUUAUCGUAAUUCAUUAAUCGUUUCAGUGAUGGGUAUACCUGCAUCUUUGCUUGCCGGACUUUUAGUAGAACUAAGAAUUGGAAGAAAGGGUACUCUAUGUAUUUCAUUAUUAUUAACAGGUGUAUUUUUGUUUUGCUCCACAACUGCGAAGACGAGCAAUGCAAAUUUGGGAUGGACUUGUGCUUUCUCAUUCCUGUCAAAUAUUAUGUAUGGGGUAUUAUAUGCCUACACUCCUGAAAUAUUUCCCACUAAAGUUAGAGGUACAGCUAUUGGUCUCGCUGCGUCUGCAAAUAGGAUUUUUGGAGUUUUUGCUCCAAUAAUAGCGAUGUUUGCAGACUUGACUACAUCAGCUCCGAUAUUUGUCAGUGGUGCUUUGUUUAUCGUAUCCGGUGUCUUGGCUAUAUUUUUCCCAUAUGAACCCAAGGGUAAGUCUAGUUUUUAG